AUGGCUGAUAAUAUUUAUCGUUCGAGACUUUUGAACCGGGCUAAAAUCCCUUUAGAAAAAGACAAUAUAGACAAUGUCAAUUUUUUACAAUUUUUAUUCACCAUUUAUGAAUUAAUUGUUGCCAUUAAUGAAAAUAGCAGUAAAUUAAAUAAGUUGAUGAAUACACUUUCAAGAAGAAAACAAGAAUGGAAAUCCAACAAUAGUGAUAUGGAUUUUGAUGCUUUAACAAUAAGCGAAGCAGCAAAAAAAUUGGUCCUUUCACAAGCGAUUACCACUUCAACUCCAACAUCAUCACCAUCCCAUAGUGACUCAACUGGCUCUGAAAAUACGCCAAUAUCUAGUUUACUAGAUUUAUUUUUAACCCCAGCACGGGCAAAAGAGACUCUUAAAGAAAUGAAUACCCUGCUUUCGUUAGAAAUAGUUGUUUUUACCACGGACAGCAAUAUUCUUCUUACACCAGAUCGUUUGCCAAUAAGCACCGAUGAUGACGAUCUAAUUUCGGACAUUCGAAUUUAG